GGUAGAUGUGGGUUCCGGUUUCCGGUUGGCUGCUGCAAGACACCUUUUGGAGAAGCUCCGACAAUUUAAGGACUUGGAGUAAGCUGCUUUCAUCAUGAGCAAAGGACCGUGGGUGGGAACAUGGAGGCCUCAUCGUCCAAGAGGACCAAUCAUGGCCCAAUAUACCAGUCCUGGACCCAAGUAUUAUGUACAGGGAGCAACAGGUUUUGUGUCACACAUCCCAACGAAAAGGAAAGCCCCCGCCUACAGUAUACAUGGGGCAAAGCCUUUGCUCAGCAAAGAUUGCUCUCCAGGUCCUUACCAUGUGCAGUCCUCUAUGACUUACCGAGGGAGGAAAACUACUCCCAGUUACACGAUGGCUGGGCGCCCCAGAGUAAAAGAAGAGAUUACACCAGGCCCUGCUUCUUAUUCACCAGAGAAGUCUCAAAAAAUUGUCUAUAAAACUGGUCCUAAGCAUUCCAUGUCAUUCAGGUAUGAAGGUGCCAAAGUUGACAGCACUCCAGGUCCUAAUGCAUACACAAUCCCCCAGGUGCUUGGACCAUUUGCAAUGACCACAACUGCCAGUCCUAGCUACAGCUUGAUGGGGAGGAGUAAGUUUGGAUGUUUUCAUGAAGACCUCCAUAAGACCCCGGGCCCUGCUGCAUACAUAAAACCAGAUACAGAGGUUUUCAAAAAGAGAGCACCAAAGUACUCCAUGGGAUACCAAACUAAGACUUCCGCAAAGAAACUGGGACCUGGACCUGCAGACUAUGAAUUAGGAAAGGUAUCAUUGACCAAAUCUUGUGCUCCAGUUAUUUCUUUCGGCAUCAGACACUCUGAUUACACAACACCUCUUAUCGUAGAUGUCUGCUGAAUUUAUUCCCUUCACAGAAAUCAAAUUUAUUUUUCUACCAAUAUUUCUCUAUCAUGUUUCUCCAUACUUGAAUGCUGACAAGUCACAUGAUUUCUGAACUGACCACCAGCUUGUCCUAAACCUUGCACUAAAGGGCCAUUUAAAUAUUUAGAAACUGAGUUUCAAGAGUGAAUUUAUACUCUCUGAUGAAGGAAUGUGCUAUAGUUUCCCAUAUGAUGAGGAGGCACUGCAGCUGGCACUUGUCCUGCUGUAUGGAGCAAAUUGAAAGCAUCAGCUACAUUUCUAAAUUCUGAUACAAGUUUAUAGACAAUAGUGCUGUACUGCAAAAGCUGGGAUUUGAUAUAUUGUGUACAUUUGUGACACUUGUGGGAAAAGACACAGAGGCUUCUGCUCCAAAAACAUUUUGUGGAAUCUGUAUAUUCCUGCAAUGAUAAAGUUAUUUUGUAUAUUCCUUUUACUGUUUCCAGUUGUGAAAUGUGUUUUGAAAAAAAUAAAUUUGUGUCUGAUCAA